UGUAACUCAGCUUUAAAUUGAAAACUUUUAUUUCCUUUUUCACUUUUCUUUCUUUUAAACUUAAUAUAUACCAACCAUGGCUGAUAAAAAUAACAGCAGUAACAAUUCACAUACAAAUGCUUUUCUUAAAAACUUGUCACAGAAAAAAUAUGCAUGGAUGGAAGAAGCAAUUGCAUCAACCACAAACAUUAGUAGUCCAACAUCAACAGUCACCCCCUCAUCUUCAAAAAAGAAUAAAAAACAAAAAUUAUCUAUUGAUAAAAAACCUAACAAGGUUUUAAAACAACCAAAGACUUCUCCUAGUCCAAUGACUGUGCCUAAAACAGAAGAUAUUGAAUCCAUAGUACAAACACCAACAGACUAUAAUGUUGCUGUAAAAGAAUCUAAGCCAAAGCAACAGCCACUUUUCAAAUAUACAACAUUUCCUGUAAAAGGAUAUAAUAUUCUUCCUACUCGUAAUAUUACAAGUACUUAUGCUAGAGGUGAUAUUUCUUAUUUUUCUGGAAGUAAAGCAGGAGCUGAAGAAAUUUCACCUAAUCCUGAAGAAGAAUAUAGCGACAUUAUUGUUAUUCAUCCAGGUUCACGAAAUUUAAGAAUCGGACUUGCUUCUGAAGCUUUCCCUAUUUCUAUACCUCAUGUCAUCGCAAGAAGAUAUAACACAUCAUUAUUUACUAAUACAACACAAGUAGAUGAGACUAGUAUGGAUAAAGAGAAAUAUGAUGAAGCUUUAAACGAGAUUAGAGGUGAACUCAAAUGGCGAAUGAAGAAUGCUAAACGUAGAGCAGUACCUAAUGCAGAAGGUCAGGUUAUUGGCUUUAAUACAAAUGCACCUAAAGAAACUAUUCCUGAUCAUAAUGAUCCUUAUAAAGUGGAGUGGACUGAUGUAUCGACUAGAGCCGAUUUCUUUGUAGGAGAAAAGGCCCUUAAUGUACCCAUUGCAGAUAAUUCUGAAUAUCGUAUUAAUUAUCCUUGGAAAUAUGGUACUAUUAAUAAUCAAGAUUAUAAUUCAAUUAAUGAAGUAUUGGAGGAUCUUGAAGUUAUUUGGACAGAAUCGAUUGUAAAUGAAUUGGAGAUUGAAAGGAAUGACUUUAAGAAUUAUAAUGCAAUUUUAGUAAUUCCAGACAUGUUAGAUCAUGAGUAUCUUUGUGAUUUAGUUAGAAUGAUGCUACGUUAUAUGAAAUUUAAAGCAGUUAUUAUUCAACAAGAGUCUGCAUGCGCUACCUAUGGUGCAGGAGUAUCAAGUGCAGUUGUAGUUGAUAUUGGAGCACAAACUACAAAUAUUAGUUGUAUUGAAGAUGGAGUAUGUCAAGUAGAUUCAAGAAUAUUGAUUCGAGUUGGAGGAGAUGAUGUAACAAGAACAUUUACAUCCUUUUUGUUAAGUAGCCAAUUCCCUUAUGCAGAUAUAGAUUUAAACACAACAUACGAUUGGAGAUUAGCAGAGACAUUAAAGCAGAAAUGGUGUACAAUGAAUGAAGCAGAUAUUAGUGUUCAAGUAUAUGAUUUCUUUGCUCGUACACCUUUUAAACCGACACUUAAAUAUCAAUGUAAAGUGUAUGAAGAAGUAUUUUUAGCACCUUUAUGUCUUGUAUAUCCUGAUAUAUUGGAACCUAGAAGUAAAAAUACAUUAUGGUCACAUAAAGAUGUUACAGAUGAUGUUAUUGUAGAUGAUAAUAAUAAUAUCAAUAAUAAAGCACAAGAAUAUGAUACACAUCCUAUUGAUACUGCUAUUGCUCAAUCUAUUGAAAUAGCAGCAAAUGGAUCAGAAGAAAAAUUGAAAAGAUAUUUCACAAGCAUAAUUUUAGUAGGAGGAGGAGGAAAGAUAGUGAAUUUCAGUAAAGUAUUAGAAGAUCGUGUAUUAUCUACUAUCAUUGCACAAAAAUUAAAUAUAGAUAAAGUUGAAGUAUUACCUCCACCAAGAGAUUUAGAUCCUGAAGUUUUAGUUUGGAAAGGAGCAUCUGUUGUAGCCAAAUUAGAUUCCUCCAAAGACAUGUGGAUAGGAAAUAUAGAAUGGGAAGAGAUGGGCUCGAGGUGUAUAAGAGAAAGAGCUUUAUUAAUGUAAGGAUUUUUUAUUAUCUAAUAAUAAUAAUAAAAAAAAAAAAGUCCUUAGCAAAUGCCCCUCUUAAAAAAAAA